AUGAGAUCCCCAAGAACCCCUAAUCCCAAAAGCACUACUAUAAUAUGGAAUGAAGCUGAACUAAGAGCAUUCAUCAACCAUAUGGUUGAGAAUGCAAGGAAAGGAUUGAAGACCAACUCAACGUUCACAAAGAUUGGAUGGGAGAAUAUUUGUAAAGGAUUGGAGGCUGAAUUCAAGCGACCAUUUGGGAAGGAGCAACUCUGUAAUAAGAUGAACAAGUUACGAAAUGAGUAUAACAGCUUCAGGAGGUUGUUGGAAACAACUGGAUUCGGGUGGGAUGCAAAUGCUCAGACUGCAACAGCUGAGGAUUCUGUAUGGGAAUCAGCUAUUCAGGGAAACAAAGAUUGGGCAAAGUAUAGAAGAAAUGGUCUUACUUGGUGGUCAGAGUUGUUAGAGAUCUUCUCCGACUCAAUUGCCUGUGGAGAUGGAGGGUUUUCCCAGUCUAAUGUUGUUAUUCCUUCGUCUACUAACCUUGCUAAUGAUAAUGAUGAUUUUCAGGAGAUUGAUCCUGAUGACAGUGAUGGUAGUAGUGGUACACCCAAAAUAUCUACUCCUCCCAAGCGGCAACUUGACAGGACUCCUACGGAUCAUAGGAGGAAGAGCCAAACAAGGGCAAUCAUGAACUCUACUUAG